GCUCUGGGGAGUCUGAAAGUUUGUGUCUGGCGCAGUAGUGGAAAGUGGGCUUGUAGCGAAGGGAUUUUCUUAGGAUGAGAGCUGAUCUCCUGCCUUUAUUUUGAAUGCGCGCCCAGCUUUAACCCCUUCAGCCUUCCUCCAGAUCCCUGGACAGCCUGUCUCUACUCCGCGAUUCUCGCAUUUCCGAGGACACCGGACGGGAACCCUUGGCAGUUCUCUCUCACGCAGAGCAGAGAACGUUUGCCUUUCCAAGUACAUAAGCCACACACGCACAGACGCACACGCGCACACGCGCACCCCCCGCCCCCGCCCCCGCGGAGCCGGACCUCACCCUCCGCGGCGGCCCUGCCCGCUCCCCUCCUGCUCUCUGCAUCCUCGGCCCAGCGUCGCUCGGACCAGCAUGGAGGUGCUGGAGAGCGGGGAGCAGAGCGUCCUGCAGUGGGACCGCAAGCUGAGCGAGCUGUCAGAGCCCGGGGAAACCGAGGCUCUCAUGUACCACACGCACUUCUCGGAACUUCUGGAUGAGUUUUCCCAGAACGUCUUGGGUCAGCUCCUUAACGACCCUUUCCUCUCCGAGAAGAGCGUGUCGAUGGAGGUGGAGCCGUCCCCCACGUCCCCGGCGCCCCUCAUCCAGGCCGAGCACAGCUACUCCCUGUGUGAGGAGCCCCGCGCCCAGUCACCGCUCACCGCUGUGACCCCCGGUGACAGCUUCAAUGACGAUGAAGCGGAAAGUGAGAAAUGGUAUCUGUCUACAGACUUUCCAUCCACAACCAUCAAGACAGAGCCGAUUACAGAGGAGCCGCCGCCAGGACUUGUUCCCUCCGUCACUCUGACCAUCACGGCCAUCUCCACCCCUUUUGAAAAGGAGGAGCGCCCCCUGGAACUGAAUACUGGGGUGGAUUCCUCGUGCCAGACAAUUAUUCCUAAGAUUAAGCUGGAGCCUCAUGAAGUGGAUCAGUUCCUCAACUUCUCUCCUAAAGAAGGUCUGUCUACUGCCCUGCCUUUCUGGGUUACCAGAGUUUUGCAAGUUGCUCUCCACACAGCUAAGGGGCCCGAAAUGCACCUGCAGGCACAUCCGUGGAAGUCUCUGGCUUCAGGAGAGCCCGGAAUGUCCACCAUCAGCGAAGGACCAGUGGGCCUGAUCCUUGAAGCUUCUGUGAAGUUCAAGGGGGCAGAAGAGGGUCAGAGCAGAACAACUGGGUACACUGAAGAAACAUGCAAACGUCUGAGAGAAAAAGAUGCCCACGUACUUCGAACGGACUUACUGAGACAGCAGGAAGUGAACCCAUUUUCUUCUCCCCUUCUAUCUCAGAUUUCGGCCCAGGAAAGUAGGAGAAAGAAGAAAGAGUACAUGGACAGCUUGGAGAAAAAGGUGGAGUCUUGUUCGACUGAGAACUUGGAGCUUCGGAAGAAGGUCGAGGUUCUGGAGAACACCAACAGAACUCUCCUGCAGCAACUACAGAAGCUUCAGACAUUGGUGGUGGGCAAGGUUUCACGCACCUGCAAGUUGGCGGGCACACAGACCGGCACGUGCCUCAUGGUGGUCGUGCUGUGUUUUGCUGUUGCAUUUGGCAGCUUCUUUCAGGGCUACGGGCCCUAUCCGGCUGCCACCAAGAUGGCUCUGCCCAGCCAGCGUUCCACGCAGGAGCCGUAUACAGCCUCCGUCGUGAGAUCCAGGAACCUGCUCAUCUAUGAGGAACACUCUCCCUUGGAGCCGUCCAGCCCAGCCUCCACGGGGGAACUUGGGCCUUGGGACAGAGGCUCCUCCCUGCUCAGGGCCUCGGGGCUGGACCCCAGGCCGGAAGUGGAUCUUCCCCAUUUCAUUCUCUCAGAUGAGAGCGGCCUGGAGAAAUCCAUGCUACUGGAGUUACAGCAGCACUUGGUCAGCACCAAACUGGAGGGGAAUGAGACACUAAAAGUCGUAGAACUCGACAGAAGAGUAAACGCCACCUUCUAAAGAGGCCGUCUCCACCUCUCUCUUUCUCUUCACUCUCCUUUUCCGUCUCUCAACCCCCUUUGUCAUAAGCAUUUCCUUUUUGCCUUUGAUCUGGACGAAGACAUGGGCGAGCGGCGGUGGCUCUGGAUGGGAGGACGGCUUGGGGUUUCCACCUGCGGGGAGAAAGCACCUUCCGCUCCCUUCCCCUUGAAGAAGGGAGCCCCGCCUCCCUCCCUCCCUCUUGCUUGCUGCCAUAGGAAAUUCUUUUAGGUCUGGGGCUGGGACAAGCAGGCUUGUUUCUACCAAUAGUGCCAAAAAGAGACUGCCUCUUUCUCACUCUGGGGCGUGACCACCUCUCUGAAGAAGAGAUGAUGCUUGUUCGUUUGAGACCCCAGACUCUAGCCACAAAAACACCAGGAUGCCCGUCGGGAUCUGGCCGAGCACUGACUGAUGUCCUGCCUUCCUCAGCCUUGGUCAUCGGAGCGUCCUCCCUCGAGAGCCCUGGAGGUGCCGGGGCCUUCAGUGAGCACCCCUGCCCCUCUGCCCCGUCCGAGCCCUCACGGAUCGUCCUCCCCGCACUGGAGCGAGGGUGCUCACCACCCCACCCCACCCCCGCUCACCCCCGUUCUCAGGCCGCAAGUGCAAUGCCUGAAGGAAUCAGGCUCUUCUACUCCAGGCAACCUGCCCCAUCUCGCUGCUUGUAGGACUUCCCCACGUACCCAUAGGUCCGCCUCCCCGGCUUCUCCUCCCCGUUUGUAAAUAGUAUUUAUUAGCUCACUGAGGCUUCCCUCUAGCAACCACGCUGAAGAGAUCCAACGCCUCCCCCCAGAUGGGCAAAGUCUUGUGUUGGCCUUUGGAGCUAGGAGGGGACCCCAAGCUCUGGGAUCCCAAUCCUCCAGAUGGUGGCUUUUAUUUUAUUUUAUUUUUUUCAUUUUCUUCUAAUAUUUCAUCCUCCUCCCUUUCCUCCUCCUCCUCCUCCUUCUUCAACUGGAGGCCUAUGGUUAUCAUUGGGAAAUCGCCUUAAGCUUGUGUCGUCCCACAGAAUGAAGUCAGAGGGAAAGAUGAGCAGCACCUUGCUCGGGUCUGGGGCUCUGUGGUCACGUGCUUUUCCUACCCUGUUCCCGGAACAGGAGGGCCUCGCCGACACCCUUGCUGGCUUGCCUCUCCACCCCUGCGCCCAGCCCCCUCCUCCCCUCUCCCCUGGUCUUCUGCCUUCACAUAGAGAGUGGGCCUGAGCCUGGGGCUGGAGGACGGGGCAUUCGUGUAUCCACAGUCUUACCUUCUGUAGUCAGGUUUGGCUACUCUGCAGCUCACCCAAAGAGAUACCACCUAACCCCCCAACCCACUUUUAUUUUUUUUUUUAAUGAUUAAAAGUAACUUUUGUAGUUUAAAAUUCUCUUUCCUCUUUCAUACAGAUGAGAAAUGGAAAUUGCCUUUUUAUUGUAUAAUGUAGCUGAUUCCCCUUAAGUGUUUUUCCCUAGCUUGUGAAAGAUUUUGUAUAAGAAAGUUGCUUACAUUUUAUAUUUUAUUUUUAGUAGUAGCUGUAAGGCCUUUGGCUUUACCUCCUUUCUCUCUCUCUCUCUCUCUCUCUCUCUCUCUCAUCUACACUGUCAUUGGAGCCUGCGCUUACAAAGGAUUAAGCCCAUACCUGGGCCUUCCGUUCCAUAUCAAAUGCAGGAUUUGGUUUCAUUAGCAUUUGCCAUCAUACCCCGUGAGCAGAUCUCGGCUGUGUCUGCCGAGGUACAUCUGGGGCUCCCUGCAACUGAUGUCUCUCUCUGUCCCUCUGCUGUGGUAGAGAAAGUUCCAGACUGGGACCUGACAAGGGGGUCUUCUCGGCUGUGUGUGGAAGCGGAUCUGGGCUGCCGUCUGCAGUCUCGCGGCCCCUCCCAUUGGCCAGGGAGAGCAGAGGCCGCCUGAGUCCCGCGGGAAGUGGGGCUGCUAACAUGCCCCCCCCCCCACCUCUCUCCUCUCCCUUCUCUCCUUCUCUUCUGCUCUAGAUCUUCCUGGGCCUGGCUGUGUUGGGUAGAGCCACAGGCUGCUGCGGUCCAUCCCUUUCUUUGAAAUGCCGUGUAAUUAUCAGGCCCAGGUAGCCUGCGGGGGCCUGAGGAGGUAAAAAAGAAUGAACUCCAGUAGUAUUUGGUUCAAUGAGAGAGGAAAGGUUUUGCAUUUAAGGGCGGAAGUGUCAGCCUACCCACCUGCUGCAGUGGAACCAGAUCAGGUUUCGAAGGCCCCUGGGGCAGCCAGGGUAGAAAACCUGUUCUUCUGAAUGAGGCAGGAGAAGGAAAGGCCAGUAAACCUCCAGUCCGUGCCCUUAGUACCUUGAGGAUUUUAUCUUCUCCCUUACCUGCCUUUGCUUGUCACCCCCUCUCCAGACCCCCAACAGCAGGGUGUUCUCUCUGGGAAGCUGUUCUUCUAGAACAGAGUCUGUAUCUAGAGACCUGAGGCCUCAGCUUGGGAGCUCAAAUGGCCGUGUUAAGGGGGUUCCAAGAACCAACCCUGCUGCUAUUUUGAGGAAAGCCUCUGCCCUUCACUCUCCACAUGGGAAGUAAGGGGAACGAAGUAGUUAUCCCGUUAGGAGGAUCCCAGGGCAUUGAGAGGACACAGAAGAGUCACAGACUACCAGGUAAUUCACAGACGGGUGUUGGUUUUCCGUCCCGGGGGUGACGCCCAAACAUCGGUGGGUUUGUUUCCCCGCGUGGAGCAGUCGCAUAGUCUGUGCAGUAAUACCUGCUUAGCCCGCCGAUUCGAAGCAGUGCCAGACGUCCCCUCCCAAACAUCAGCUUUCAGAACUCGGACACGCUGGUGUAAUCAUAAACCAUGAACAAUAAGUGUUACUCAUAAAUACGUUAAUUCUAGCUUUCAUCCUGUAAGCAGGGCUUUCUCUUCCCUGCUUUGAUGACCCUCGCACACAUUCAGAGAACAAGCAGUUUUCAGUGGGUGAGACCUGAGUGACCCCGGCCCCCUGGCGUGGCCCUUUCCACAGGGCUCUUGACUUUGUGCUUGGAAACAGAUGCUGGACAUGAAAGGCCUCAGUGCCAGGUGAAGAAAGAAUUCCUGUGAAGUGUUAGGACUCUGGAGCCUGGGUCACAUAAAAGGAGUAUUAUGUAAAAAUUCUGACAGCUGAACUAGGUUGUUCCUUUUGCGUGGGGGGUGGGGGUAAGCUUUGACCCCGGUGUAGGCAAAAUUAGAUCACCUUUCUUGCUACCGGAAAUGCUUUUGACUCGGAGAACUCGUGUGUCGAUUGUGAAAGCAGCUUUUAGCUCAACUUAUUUACAAACCAACUGUAAUUACCAUGUUAUUUUUCUUCCUAAAUCUCUCAGCCUGAAGCCAAAGGAGGGUAGUGACUGUCACGUUCGUAGAGCAGGAGUGUUGAAUUGAUUCAUCUUUAUGCCGACAGUGACACAGGGUCUAGGAUUUUGGCCACAUGUGUUUUAUUAAAAUUUCUCGGCCCCUCACGGCUCCUUUCUUCCAUGUCCUCAGACCGAGCAAAACCGCAGGGAGAGAAUCCGAGGCCUCCCGGGGCCGCUCGCCAGACACAGGCGCCGUAUGGGGUGUUUACGAGAGCACAGUGCACAAAUGGAGACCUCCCGCUCUUCGCGGAGGAAGUGGGCCGUCCACGCUGGCCUUGCUGACACGGCGAGAUUGGAGACGGAGGAGAAGGCCUUGAGCCUCCUUCUCGUCUGCCUGAGUCAUUCCCUUGGUUUUGUUCGAUCUGGUCUUUGCAAAGCCCUUCCUAAAGACGCCGGCUUCUCGGCUGGUGGUGGUGCUGGUCGGACCGUGAAGCCAGUAGCUAGGAGUGCUCUCGCGAGAGCCUUCCAUGCCUCAGCUGAGACGGAGAGGAGACCUGUGACGGCGUGAGCCCCCCUCCGAGGGCAGUUCCCGGAGAGAACGGGAGGCUGCGAAGUUCAGGCUUCCCAUCAGUCAGUCGGUCACCUAGGACUCUGGUGUUGCUGAGGCCCAGGGCUGCCCGGAGCGCGCUGGGGAGGAAGGGCGCUGAGGCAGCUUCGCCAGGCAGUAGCUUUUCAAAGGGCAGAAGCACUGGGUCUCGCGCUCCCUCUUUCUGACACACACACAAAUUUCUCCCUUGUCUCCAACACUGGUUUGUGCCUUAAAUGUGCCUUAUAUAUAUGCUCCAGGGUGACUGAGGACUCUUUUGUCCCCGGAGGACUUUACAGAUAGUCUUUUCAUGUUAGAUUGGAGGGUGAGGACGGACCUUUUUCCAAAGGCUCAAAAAUGGUGCACCAUGAUUAGAUGCGCACAUCCGGAGAAAAGAAAUAGGGUUUUUAUCCCUUAGGAAAAUCCCAUUUUGUAGGGCUGCAAUCACAUCAAAAAAUGGCUAGCCUGGAUUAAAACUAUCAUAAAUCCUCACGGCAGAACAUUUUCUCAGGGCCAAGGAACCUGGCCCGUUGGAGGAUUAACGCUCCAUCUCUCUGUGGCCCAAAACCCGCACUUAGCACAGGAAAAGUCUAGGUAUUGUUUUAUUUUGUCAUUUUGGGCCACAUAGUUCAGGAAUGCUUUAUUUUUGUCUUGGUUUUGAGAACAAGGGAAAAUAAUAUUUCUUGAGCACUUAGUAAGUGCUGGCUGGGUACUGCGCUCAAUAAAUUUUGGCUUUUAAUUUUCUGGAUAGAGAAAACAGGGCAACCGGUUACGUUGAGAGAGAUGAACAGCUAAGUGAUACAGGAGGUGCAGUGGUGGAUUCUGUUGGGCGGAUUCCUUUCUGUGAACAUUUAAGGUUCUCGGGGCAGGGACCACAGGGUUGGCCCCACUGUGCAACGUUCUGCUCUUUGCUCCAUGCCGGAGACAUCCACCAGGUGUGGGUCUGCUUCUUGUCCAUCCGUCUUCUGCGGAUUCCAGCCAGCAGCCUCUGCAUCCUGGAAAAGAAAACCCCACGGUUUUAGCUCCACUCUUCAGCCCCUUUCCUUUGCUCACCAGCUCGGGGAGAACAUGAACUCUGCACCAUGGACCCAGGGCCUACCCUUCCUAGAACCUCUCCCUUGCAGAUAAAACAUUUUAUGAGUCUGUGGAAAACACCAGCACUCCAUGACAAAUCAUGAGGGACCCUGUUUAAAGAACGCUGAGCAGACCCUAGACUAUAAUCAACCAUGAGCUUUAAUGUCUAUGCUGACAGGCUGGACUUUACCUCUCUUUUGUAAUAAUUCUAUAGACCAGCAGCGUUUAAGCCGAAAGAGAUUGUGAGUCUAUUAUCUGUCAUAUUGUGCUGAGUUUUUUUUUUAAUGGCUUUUUAUUCUUCAUCAUAGCUAAGCAAAUACCCAAAAUAAAAACGCUUUGUAGGAUACUUGUACUUAGUUUGGAAAAAAAAAAAUGAAUUGAAAUUGUCA